UCGGGGUGGACGAAGGAGCGCUGCGCGCGGGCCUGGCGAGGGGCCUUUCCGGCCCUGACCUCUCGCUCCGGGCGCACCGGGCAUCCCCUGCUUCAGAGCCGGCAGUUCCACGCGAGAAACCCUGGGAUCACCCCUGCGUCGCCGGGGAAAGCAGCGACCCGCCCCAGGUGGCUUCGUUGACCAAGACCGCGCACUGCUGCUGGCCCGACGCCUGUGCCCGGACUCCAGCCGCACCGCCCGCCGCCAUGGACCCUCAGGUCCACAACGGGUCCGGCCUCCCGGGCGAGCCCCUCACGGGCCUGCUGGUGUACAACUUCCUGCAGCACAGCCCCGGCUGCCACUUCCAGGAGGAGCUGAAGGGGCUGGGCCGCACGCUGUCCCCGCCCCCGGUCUUCUGGGCGCAGGGCCCCGGGGAGCAGCACGACGAGGAGCUGCAGACGGAUGGCAGCCGCUGCAGCCACUUCGUCCUCGAGGGCCUGAGCACAGGUUCCGAGACUCAGGAGGACAUCAUCCGGAACAUCGCCUGGCAGCUCGCCCUGAUCGGGGACAGCAUGGACCGCAGCGUCUCCCCGAAUCUGGUGGACCAGCUGGCGAUGCAGUUCAGGGACAGGCGCCUGUCAGAGGAAGACCGGCGGACGUGCCUGGCCAACGCGGUGGGCCAGGUCCUGCAGGCCUGCCCCAGGGACAUGGAGGCGGAGAAGGCCAUGCUGCUGGCGGCCAUGCUGCUGGCCAGGAAGGUGGCCGGCCACACCCCGUCCCUGCUGCGCGAGGUCUUCCGCACAACGGUGGCUUUCAUCAACCAGAACCUGUUCGCCUACGUGAGAAACCUGGUCAGAAACGGGAUGGACUGACAGCAGCCGCGGGCAGUGGGGAAGGAGCCCGACCGCGGACGAAGAGCUCGCAGAACCACGGGCACGGGGAACCGCCGCUCGCUUCCCGUGGUUCUCAAGGUGGAGGGGAAGCAGGUGCCCCACGCGGAAGUCUCCCCAUCGAUAUACUUGAAUGAAAAUGGCAACUCGGGCAUAUUUCAAUGUGUUUGAGCUCAUGUUCUAAAUCUGUAUGUUGUGUCUGUAUCUUUUUCAACUGCGUAGGUGCACACAGCAAAACUAAAGUUAAAAGCAGGUUGUAAAGGGUCACCAGUUCGAUCCCCAGUCACUAGCGCCUGCCCGGGUUGCAGGCCAGGUCCCCAGCAGGGGGCACACGAGACGCAGCUGCACACAGAUGGUUCUUCCCCUUUCUUUCUCCUACUCUUUCUUCCUCUCCUCCCUGCUCUAAAAAUAAAUAAAAUCUUUUUAAAAGAGAAGCAGAUUCUA